AUGAGUCGUCUGUUACAGAAUUACCAUCUGUGCAAAAUUGAAGGAGGAGGUGCCAACACAAGCAAGAUGCAAGCCAUCACCACUGGUGUUGGCCCACAGGGCAGGAAGACUGUGCACUACCAGCCUCCAAGUGAUGGCGAAGGACCAGAAUUUGUGCCAGAGCAAUUGUCGCAGAUCCAGAGCCUCCAUACAGCCCUUCAAAACGAGGCAGCACACUGUGGAAUCUCACCAUCUUUUGAGUCUUCGUUUGAUGCUAUUGUAGAUCCUUCUGACUAUUCUCAACCUCUUUGUGAUGUCGACGACAAGGAGAAUGAUCCUCCUGCAUCCUCACAGUCAACCCCUACCUCGAUAACUAAGCGACCCCCAAAAUCCUCGUCAAUGUUGCAAGACAGUCUCACCAAAGCCAGGGCAAGUUUAGAUGCUAUCAAUGCUCGUACUACAGCAGAUAGGCAGCUUCAAGAGCGCCAGAUGCUGCUCAAAAAGUUCAAGGCUGGCAUUUGGAAUGUUGAUGAGUAUCGUGAAAAACUCCAUGAACUGAUGCACGAGCCUUCUGACAAGGCUGAGCCUGUGAAGUGUGCUCAUUACUCUCCAGAUUGGCCAGAUUGGGAUGAUGAGUCUUAG